AUCGCGUGUUCCUGGGAAAGAACUGAGGAGGGGAGGAGGAGGAGGAUGGGCAGGAAGCAUCCGCCGCCAUCUUUCUUUCUGGCAGGAGCCAUGUUGUUGUAGCCGACAACCAGAACCUAGUGUGGUCGGGGUAUCCAGGAAGAUGGCUGCUCCUGCUCUAGUCUACACGUCAUAUUAAGGACAUCUCCUUCACUUUCUGUUCCUCCUUAGACCUCAGUGGUGACUGAUCACAGGAUUGAGCUUUUCAUCAUAAUGCUGCCAUUGAUAGCCAGGAUGAGGAGCAGAGGGGCUGAAUACAUGGUGAUUGCACACAGACAAUUGUCUGAUACCAGCGCCACUGCCAGCUGCAUUCAUGACAGGAUGGCAAAGCGCAUUCAAGCCCGGAGGCUGGAGGGAGUGGAUGAAAACAUUUGGGUGGAGUUUGUCAGUCUUGCUGCUCAGUAUAAAACUGUGAACCUAGGACAAGGCUUUCCAGAUUUCAGUCCUCCAAGUUUUAUAAGAGAAGCCUUUGCAAAAGCCAUCACUGAGGAGCACACCUUGCUGAACCAGUACACCAGAGUCUUUGGGCAUCCUCCAUUGGUGAAGGUUCUUGCCAAGCUGUUUGGCCAACUUCUUGGAAGAGAACUAGACCCUCUUACCAAUGUAUUGGUGACAGUGGGCGCAUAUGGGGCUCUUUUUUCCGCUUUCCAAGCUCUGGUAGAUGAAGGUGAUGAGGUUAUUGUCAUAGAACCAUCAUUUGACUGCUAUAAACCAAUGACGGAAAUGGCCGGUGGACAAUGUGUGUAUAUUCCGUUAAGACCUAAGCCUACAGAUGCAGGACAGGUACACAGUAGUGGUGACUGGAGGCUUGACCCUGCGGAGCUCGAAGCGAAGAUCACUAAACGCACCAAGGUUCUUGUGUUGAACACUCCAAAUAACCCGCUGGGAAAAGUGUUCAGUAGGGAGGAACUGGAGGAAAUUGCCAACAUCUGUGUGAAAUAUGAUAUACUGUGCUUCUCUGAUGAAGUUUAUGAAUGGCUGGUCUAUGAUGGAAAACAACAUAUUCGAAUUGCUAGCCUACCAGGAAUGUGGGAACGUACCAUCACCAUUGGAAGUGCAGGGAAGACUUUCAGUGCCACAGGAUGGAAGGUUGGCUGGGCUUUCGGGUCUGAUAAUCUUCUUAAACAUCUCAGAACAGUCCAUCAGAAUUCUGUAUAUCACUGUGCAACUGGAGCCCAGGAGGCCGUAGCUCAGGGAUUUGAGAAAGAGCUGGAAAGACUGGGACAACCGGACUGUUACUUUAUACAAUUGCGGAAUGAGCUGCAGAAAAAGCGAGACCGACUAUACCGCUGCCUUACAGAGGUGGGGAUGAAACCUGUCAUGUCCCAAGGUUCUUACUUCAUGAUUGCUGACAUCUCCCGCUUCAAAGCUGAGGUUCCUCCUCCCUCUGACAACACUUUACCUUAUGAUAACUACUUUGUGAGGUGGAUGAUGAAAAAUAAACAGCUAGCAGCGAUCCCUAUGUCUGCCUUUUACAAUGUACCACACGAGACAAAGUUUGAAAAUUACAUCAGGUUUUGCUUUGUAAAGGAGGAUGCUACAUUGGAUGCUGCAGAGAAGAUAUUACAGAAGUGGAGCAAGGAGUCAUCUGGACAAAAGGAACUGUAGUCAACCAUGGCUUCUUAAAUCUGAAGCAGUUUAAUAGUCCAUGGUGAUGACCCUGUAAGACCGAUAAUGAGUUCCUGACUUCUGUUUUAUAUUUACUGAUUUUUUUAUAUAUAUACAUUUUGUUUCUGAUUGGAUUCAGUAAACAGUCGACCUCCAGUUAAUCUGCUACAGUGUAUGUAUAGAUUGUAUGUCAGUAAAUAUAAUAAUUAAUCUGCAAUGAAGGUUACUUAAAUGUAAAGUGAUAUACAUCGCUACCUAGAACUGCUGUGUGAUCUCCAUUCUAAAUUCUCACUUUUUGACUUUGGGAAUGCCAACCAACACUGGACUCUAAGAUUUGCCUACCCCUUCUAAAGAUUGUAAGAUACCUGAACCUAAAGCGAUUUUUUUUCUUCUGAUGAGUGGAAUGGAUAUUUGAAAUAUGUGCAAUAAAAGAUUAUCUCUUUCA